AUGAAGAGAUGGAAAUACAGAGAGCACGCGUGGUCCGAAAGGGUACGGCGGCCUAUUUGUUGGUCGCCGGCCUCGAUCGACGAAAGCAACCGCACGUCCACGUCCUCACCCGACGGUGGAGACGCCCCAGUUCGGCGAUGUCGGCCUGGCACACAUGGAGCGCCAUAUCCGACAGCAAACAUUUUAAAUGGCGACCUUCGGGAGAGAUCGAAUGGCCAGGCUCGUGCCCUACUUCCAUCCUGGACAUUGAAUGUGACGGUCGAAUCGUGGUCGGCGGGGACGUCAGGCCAGUCCAUUAUCUCGACCCUCGAACGUCGCCGGAUCGAGCGCAUCAACAUGACGGUUCCAGGGCCCUGGUCAGACUCGACUGCCAAUCAGACAUAUGGUAAAGUAGUCUGCUGCGACGGAGGUCUUCAAAACGCGGGCGCGGACUUCCGAUUGAUGGUGCCGUUUUCAGAGUCUCACCUUGGACUGCUCCCGGAGGAAGUACUGGAGAACAUUCUCAACCAGCUCGACAUCAGAAGCGCCCUUGCCGCCAUGGACACAAGCCGCGAUCUCUUCUUACGGAUUCCAGGCCUUUAUCCUUUGGACCGUGUGUCUCACUGUCUUUUGCCAGCUCCAAAAAGACCUGGACUUCGUUAUUCUUUGGAUUGGCCGGGGAGAGAACAACCACAGGGUCGAUUUCUGUUCGGUUGCGGGUUCUCGAUAAGAUGCCUCACGGUCGAUGUGCGCGAACCUGGAGGGAGCGAAAGCAAUGGGUUUCAGUUAUCUGGCAGGCCUGAUCCCGAGGAUUUGGACGAGCUAGUCUCCCGUUUCCCAAAAAUCACCAGUCUAACAAGUCUCCAACUUGCAGAGCGAAUCAUCGGACCGGCAAGCAGCUGGAAGAGCUUGGCCGCUUUGCAACGGCUAUCCGCUUCUCAUUGGAACUUACCCUAUGUUUCGCAUCUGGGAUUGAAGCAUUUGACUUUGUGUUUGCCCCUCCCGUUCGACGGUGAGGCAAGGGGAACGUAUUUGAGAAGCCAAUACCCUUCGUCACCCGUGAGCUUACAGAUCGGUUGGGAGGGCGGGUUCUUCGGCAAGAAUGUGUCGCCACCGGGCCUAGACGAUCUCUCAGCGCUCCGAGAGCUGACCUUUUCCGGACCACACAGGCAUGGGACGAUGAGUUCGAAAGACACCGUGGAUUUCGUUGUCGUGACGAAGCCCCAUCCGUCUCUGGUGUUUGUCGACAUUCACAAUGUCCACGUGAAUCUCCCUUGGCUAUCCUUCGUAGGGGACACUCUCCGGCCUUUGGUCCUCUCCGGCUUGCAGAGUAAUACCCUUCCGGAGGCCAAAAUGACGCUCCCAUAG